GGGAGGAGUUGUAUGUAACCUUGGUGACGUAUGGGUAACGCUCUUUUGUGAAGAAAAAUAGCCUGGCAGUUUUAAUUUGGAGAGUAAAGCCAUCAGGAAGAGAAUACGUUGCAGGAUUUUCUGAAGCCUGCUACACACAAUACAGAAAAUAUGGCGGCGAAUCAGUCAGUAGACCUCAUAACAAAGGUCCUGGAGACCCAGUUACUCCAAAGUGCAAAAAUUAUGGAGGAGCAGCUGGAUGCCGAAAUCGAAAAGCUGGAGCAGAUUGAUGAGGAGGAGCUCGAAAGGCUACACGAGAGGAGGUUAGCCGCUUUGAAGAAAGCACAGCAACAGAAACAGGAAUGGCUUUCCAAAGGUCAUGGGGAAUAUCGAGAGAUCCCAAGUGAAAAGGAUUUCUUUCAAGAAGUGAAGGAUAGCAAAAGUGUCGUUUGCCACUUCCACAGGGAGUCUACAUUCAGAUGCAAAAUCAUUGACAAACAUUUAGCAAUAUUGGCAAAAAAACACCUUGAAACAAAGUUCAUUAAACUGAAUGUUGAAAAGGCUCCUUUCCUUGCAGAGAGAUUACGUAUCAAAGUAAUUCCCACUUUGGCCCUUGUGAAAGAUGGAAAGACAAAAGAUUAUAUAGUUGGUUUCACUGAUCUAGGAAACACUGAUGAAUUUACUACUGAUGUUUUAGAAUGGCGUCUGGGAUGCUCCGGUAUCAUUAACUACAGUGGUAAUUUGAUGGAACCUCCAAGCCAGGGAACAAAGCCCGGAACAAAAUUCACCAAGCUGGACAAGAAGACCAUUCGAGGAAAAGGCUACGAUUCUGACUCGGAUGAAGAUUAAAGGACUUAAGAAUUUUUUGUUUUGCUCAAGAUUUUGCUUCUUGUUUGUUUUGUUUUAUAUAUUUUUGAAGAGGAAAGCAAGUCACUAUUAAUAUAAACCUAUUAAACACAAAUUUGUAAAAUGCAGGUAACCUUUUUUUAUAUAAAAGAAGUAGAACAUUAAUUCAUUUUUGGUUUGUGAGUAUCAUGGUGAAAGGUAAAGAUGCACAUAUAUUCACUUGUAGUCUGAAUGUUUCACCUUUCUGCAGAGAUGUGCAGUCAUCCAAGCUUAUAGGGUUCUUUUUUUCCUUUUUAAGAAUGAAAAUCAAAUUAAAUGCAGAUACUCUUUGUGCUUGAACUGAAAAAAGAGCUGAUGAAAUGCUAGAUGGGAUACAAAUCCUACAGUGGCUCACUCACCGGUAAUCAAUGAUGCUAUAGGUGCUCUAAAAAUGAGCUUCACAUUGCCACAUUUUAAACUUGAGCCUCGAAUAUGUCUUUAGUAGGCCUGUUGUCCAGAUUGUAGAGAAUAUUGUUUUUAACAUGUCAAAAGUACUUAGAAUAUAUAAAUGGAUUUUGUGGCCUUAUGAAUGAUUGGCAGAGCACACAUAUUGGACAAGCAUGUGCUCGAUACCAUUUUGAAUGUUUGUUUGUGUACCCAUCAGUUCUCCUAUCCUUAUUAGACAUCCUUGGUAACAAUUGAGUAAUGGAGUGGGGUUUCUGCUCAAAAACUUGUGCCAGCCUACGCAGACCCAAUGAAAGUGCUGAAAUAACGUGACACGGCUCAGGCACUGAAUUGAAUUGUUCAAACAGUAUUUAUUUACAGAUUUAUUAGGCAGGACAGAGGGAGUUCCUCUUGAUGGCUGAUCUGCUAUAAACUCGCGUGUCCUGUUCUUUCUAAACUGUAGUAACCAUUUUUAAAUGGCAUUCUUGCAAGUUUCUGUGACUUUUAAGGACUUAACCCACCACACUUUUAGGAACUUCAAAAAUGUUUGUGAAAAUUCGGAAAGUAAUUUUAGACUCUACCUAGGGAAUAACCUCGGCGUGAGUUUACUAAUAUUUAGAUUGAAGAAUUGUACAUUUCUUGUAGUGUUUGGUCAAUUUUUCCAAAAACAAAACCUUAAAAUGCUUAACUAGACAGCACAUCUCUACCAUUUGUGGUUCAUAUUUGAUUUUAAAUUUGUAUUCCGUUUAUAUUAAGAAUAGUAAAACAUCAUCUUGGACUUACUUCUGCAGCCAUUGCUUUAUACAUUUGUAUUAGUUUUUAUUUCUAAUUGCUGUUACCUCAUUCUAGAAGUGCCAAGGAUGCCACUUGCAUUGUGGCUAAUUUUCUUUCAAAAUUUGGACAGAUUUUGACUUUUAUACUAAGACAUUGUUCAAAACAAUAAACGUUCUUGAAAAUUACAAAUACCAA